AUGUCGACAAGCUCAGUCAGGUCUUUGCUCGGCGGCCGUUCGGUGGUGGUGCCGCUCAUCAGAUGCCCUUCUUCCCGCACUCGUGUUAAGUUUUAUCUCUCCAACACGGAGAAGCACGAGGGCUGGGUCUUCUACAGGUGUCCUAUUGGUGACCAUUUCUGGCAUUGGGAGUUGGAAUACGUUGGCUACUUGCUUGAAAAUCAAUUUCUCGCGGGCAAUGAAGCCGUAGAUGCAUUAGGAGCUGCAUAA